UAGCCAAUCAGGUUACAGGUGUCCAGUACAAGUAAUGCAGCUGAUUUUUAGGAAUCUCUACAGUCUUUUUCUUCAGUGCAUCUUUGGACCAGUGCUUGGGCAUCAUGAAGGUCGCUUCUUUUAACAUCCAGAGAUUUGGGAAAUCAAAACUCUCCGAUCCAUUUGUGCUGAAAACACUGAUCAAGAUUGUGUCACGCUAUGACAUCAUUGUUAUUCUGGAAGUGGUGGAUUCUAGCGGAGAUGCAGUGGAUCAUUUUCUCGAAGAGCUGAAUAAGUUCAACAAGACGCACCAUUACACCUUAGAGAUCAGCACACGCCUGGGAAGAGGAAAUUACAAAGAACAGUUUAUGUUCCUCUACAGGGACGACCUGGUGGAUUUGGUGGGGUCUUACCAAUACAAAGACGACCAGCCUGGAGAUGAAGAUGCUUUCGCCAGAGAACCGUAUGUUCUGCGAUUCAAAUGUCAUAAAACAGUGUUGGAAGAUUUGGUGCUGGUGCCCGUCCACACCAAGCCUGAGGAUUCAGUGAAGGAACUUGACGAACUGUAUGACGUGUUUCAGGAAGUCAAGAUGAAAUGGAAGACUGAUAACAUCAUGAUUUUGGGGGACUUCAAUGCAGAUGGCAGUUACGUGUCUGAUGAAGAAAUGGAAACAAUCCGCAUCAGGAGUGACAAUAACUUCCACUGGCUGAUCGGGGAUGACGAAGACACCACAGCCAGCACCAGAAAUGACAACACUUAUGACCGGAUUGUGGUAUAUGGAGACGAUAUGCUGAAAGCUGUUGUUCAGGACUCGGCAAAACCGUUCAACUUCCAGGAGGCCUACAAACUGACAGAUGAGGAUGCAAAGAAAGUGAGUGACCACUAUCCAGUAGAGGUGGAACUGAAGAGAAAACGUAAGCAGCUUAAACGUAAACGUAAGACACAUGACCAGGAGCACAAUGACUAAAAACACAUGACGAAAAGAAACAAUAACAAUUCAAUUGCAUGAAGAUGAUACUGUGAGUUUUGAAUGUUUUGAACAUGAAAAUAUGAUUCUGGAGAUCUGAAUAAAAAGAUGGAUCAGCUUUUAUGAACACAUCUGUUUACGUGAGACUGGAUUUACAUUAAAUGUUUGGAUAUUGUUGUUUUGAAUGUUUCAAAAUCAAAGACAUUAAACAUCUGAAAUCAGAAUUUACAGUCAUUACAAUCUUUAUUCCUUAAUGUUUUCUGUACAAGAGCAAUAUAAAGUAUAUAUGUAUAUAUUGGUGGUUUGAACGGCAAGCAAAUAUACAGUGAAACACUGUUCUU